AUACUGCGAUAUCAGAUAGCACGAUUCUUUUUACAUCUCUAAUUCCACUUAAUUUUCUGAAAACAAUUGUUUUAUAUUUUGUCUGCAAACAUUAUUAAAAACAUGAAUGAUCCAAACAAGGUCAUCAACGUUAAUUUAUCUUCACUUUUAAGUUUAAAAGCUGAACUUCUACGCAAACAAGCUGAAGUAAACAAAGCUAAGGCAAUUCAAGCACCCAAUCAGCAGAACGAAUAUUCCUCAAAAAACAUUGUUCAAGCAACCUCUAGCAGCGCUAGUGUCUCCAAAAGGGAUAAGAAGGAACGUGCCAAAGAGGUCGACAAACUUGAAGGUGCUACCGUUUAUGAACACGAAGAUUCAGAGUUGCUGGAAAAGUCUCGACGUGUACUGGAAGCGAAAAGUAAAUUCUAUGAACGUAUGUCCCGCACCGGUGGCCAACUCAACUCUGAUGAUAAUUGCUUAGUAUUAUUCAAUCGUAAGCACCAGGACGACCGUGUAGACGAUGCAUUAAUUGAAGAGAUGGAGAGGCCUAAUCAUGGAAGCUCGAAUGAAGCAAAAGAAUCAGAUUCAGACAGUCGCAGCGAAAGUGACGUUGACAAUAGUCAUGAGGAUGAAGAUGACUGGGUGGAAUAUACUGAUUGUUUGGGUCGCACACGAAAAUGUUUGCGAAAGGAUUUGGAAGUAGUACAGCGCAGAGACGCAGAAUUAGCAGCCAGCAUGCCCGAGCGAUUGGAUCAGACUAAAGCUAAUUGGAUGCUAAAUUCUAAAAACGUAUCUAAUGUUAGUGGGGAAGACGUCGAUGCGCCAAUUGGUCCCAUGCCAAGCGAAAGUGUUUUCGGCGAUGGGGUUUCCAUGAUGUCCAAACAUGAUGAACAACGCGCUAACUGGGAGCGUAAGGAACAAGAAAAUAUCGAUAAAGCAGAUGUUCAUUACCAAGAUGUUUUCUUCGAUGAGGCUCGACAGCACGGUGUCGGCUAUUAUGCAUUCUCUACAGACGAAGAAGAGCGCAAAAAGCAGCAGAAAGAAUUAGAGGAAACAAGAAAGCGUACAUUAGAAGAACAAAAGCGGCGCGAUGAACUCCGAGCACAUCGUGAAAAAAUUGUAGCUGAGCGGGUUCGUGCUGCGAAGAAUAGACAGCGUGCGCGUCUUGGUUUGCCACCGCUUGAGGAAAAUGAAACGAAGGAAGAGAUUGUAAAUAAAGAAAAGGAGACCAAAGAAGAACGUAAAGCUCGCAAGAGGGCCGAAAAGUUGCAAAGAAAACAGGAGCGGGAGGAAAAGCAACGUGACUUAGAGCGAAAACUUCACGUGCGACCAUGGGAUAAAGAAAAAGAAUGCGCAACUGAUAACACUACGGUCGAAGAAAAUGGAGAGCCUGAGCCAAAAUGGAUAUAUAAACCAGAACGAUUGCCCAUGUCACAAGAAGAGUGGAAUGAAAAGAAACGUGGAGAACGCGUUGCAGAAUUUGGACCUGUAAAUGAUUCGCCAGAGAGGCAAUACCAUCCUAAACGUAGGAAUUUCACAAGCAUGCAUCCUCCAAAUGAAUUACUUUCUACCGACAAAUACAAUAUGACGCCAUCUGCGUCGGCUGCCGAAAAUUUCGCCAUUUAUCAGACAUCGAAAAGAAGUAAGACUUUCCAAAGACGUAACUAUGAAGCACAAAAUGAUACCGAGGAGAACACGGAUUACCAGCGUUCAGGUGCGGCUAUACCUCCGCCAGUAGACCUGGAUUAUGCUCCAUCGACGCAUGCUAAGAAGUCGAAAUCAGGCAAUGAACUCGAACGUUCUAUUGAAGCAGGACUACGCUUUUUACGUAAUAACUGUGAUAAGGGAAAUUUAACCACAAAAUCCAGUUGGACUGCGAAGGCCGACUACUAAUUAGAAUACUAAUAAAAAAUACAAAAUGUAUGUAUUUAUAUGCAUAAUUCGU